ACUUACAAUAUUGUAAGAUAAAAAACCAGUAUGUAGUUUAUUCUGUUUAUUUGAACCUGCUCAGCUGACAUUGUGACUGACCGACGCAGUGGACAAUGAAAACAAACUAGUUAAAUUAAACGUUAUCACAGUUGGAGACGAUAGGUCGUCCGGUGUCGUUGUUUUAUAGGCAGUGAUUACAUUAUUGUGCCGGUCGAUAUUGAGUUAUUUCUGGCUUUAUUACAUUGUCAGAUGCUGUUAUGAUGAAGAAGGAGCUAGUGAUCCUUUUGACAUUUUUAACAACAUAUGUCACAUCUCAUCCUCCUGCACCUUCUACAAAACCUGCGCCUGCAGUUAGUAAUUGCGGAUAUGAUUCAUGCCAUCCCGUAAAGGGUGGAGAUUUUAUAAACGUCCACAUUGUUCCUCACACUCACGAUGAUGUCGGCUGGCUGAAGACUGUUGAUCAAUACUUCUACGGCAGUAAGUUGUCCAGAUCUUUGUUGAGGCUUGUAAAAAAAUAUCCAUUUGUUCCAGGCAAAACGUUGAUACAGAAUGCAGGUGUGCAAUACAUUUUGGAUUCAGUCAUAGAUUCUUUGCGAAAGGAUCCAAAUAGAAGAUUUAUUUACGUCGAAACGGCCUUCUUUUGGAAAUGGUGGAUAAAACAACACGAUACUGUUAAAUCUCAAGUUAGGAAAUUCGUAAACAAUGGACAACUGGAAUUCAUAAGUGGUGGAUGGAGCAUGAACGACGAAGCUGCCACACACUACCAGUCAAUUAUUGAUCAAAUGACCUGGGGUUUGAGAAAAUUAAAUGAUUCCUUUGGAGAAUGUGGUAGGCCAAAAAUGGGAUGGCAGAUCGAUCCAUUUGGUCAUAGUAGAGAGAUGGCCUCAAUAUUUGCUCAAUUGGGUUUCGACGGUUUAUUAUUGGGCAGAAUCGAUUACCAAGAAAAAGAUUUUAGAUUAUCGACAAAAACUGCAGAAGUAGUUUGGAGGUCUAGCCAAAAUUUAGGAGAAAAAAGUAACAUAUUUACUGGAUCCAUGUUUAAUGUUUAUUCACCUCCCAGAGGAUUCUGUUUUGAUUUGUUAUGUUCAGACGAGCCAAUUAUCGACGACAAAAAAAGUCCAGAUUACAACGUUGAUGAAAGGGUAGACCAAUUCCUCGCCCUAAUGUGGCGCCAAAGUCAGUAUUAUAAUACCAAUAACGUUAUCGUCACCAUGGGAGGAGACUUCAACUACCAAGACGCUACCACUUGGUUUACCAAUUUAGACAAACUGAUAAGCUACGCAAAUCUCCGCCAAUCUAAUGGCUCCAGAUAUAAUCUUAUUUACUCUACACCAUCUUGUUAUGUAAAAGCCAUAUAUGAUGAAACUAAAGGAAAGAAGAAAUGGUAUGUUAAGCAAGACGAUUUCUUCCCUUAUGCGUCCGAUCCACACGCUUUUUGGACGGGGUACUUUACUUCCCGACCCACCCUCAAAAGGUUUGAGAGGGAAGGAAACAAUUUCUUACAGGUGUGCAAACAGCUUUAUUCUUUAGCUGAUUUAGAUCCUGUCGAUAGAGUUGAUCUCAAUGCUCUUCGCGAAGCUAUGGGAGUAAUGCAACAUCACGAUGCAAUCACAGGAACUGAGAAGCAACAUGUUGCCAACGAUUAUGCCAGAAUUCUGUCCAACGGAAUCAAGGAGUGUGAAUGGAUAACCGCAACAGCGUUAAGCAAAAUAGUUGCUCCAAAUAUGAGAAGUUAUUUGCGGGAUGAACCCGUACCUACAAUACCAUUUACAACAUGUCCCUUGGCAAAUAUUAGUCAAUGUGCAUUCACUGAAACCAACAACGAUUUUGUCAUAACAGUCUACAACCCAUUAAGCAGACCUGUAUCUAAGCAUGUGCGAGUUCCAGUAGUAGGAAACAAAUAUACUAUCAAGGAUCCUCAAGGUGCCACUGUAGUUACCCAAAUAGUUCCUGUUCCCGCCUCAUUACUCAGGAUUCCAGGCAGAAAAAGUCUAGCAGAAAACGAAUUGGUUUUUAAAGCUGUUGAUAUUCCCGCUCUUGGUUUUAAAUCAUACUUUAUACAGAAAUAUGAAAGUAAUGAUAUUCCAAAGGGGAUACCAAAAGGGCGCUCGAUUGAUGAGUCACCAAACACUGAAUUUGAUAUUGACCCAGACACCGGUAUGAUCACGGAAAUAAGCAUUAAUGGUCAUUCCAUCAACUUCACACAGGAUUUCUUGUAUUAUCAAGGAUACGUUGGUGAUAACGAGAAAUUUAUCAACAGAUCUUCCGGAGCUUACAUAUUCAGACCUUAUGGAGAUCCCUUUAAAGUGGCAACUAAGGCUAGCUUCAAGGUUACCAGAGGUCCUGUAGUAACCGAGGUCCACCAAACGUUCAACGACUGGAUCAGUCAAGUUAUCAGGGUGUAUGAAGAAGAAAACGUUAUCGAGUUUAAUUGGCUGGUAGGACCAAUACCCAUUGAUGAUGUGCAUGGCAAAGAAAUUAUCACGAGAUACAAAACUUCCAUUAAAUCUAAUGCCACAUUUUACACGGAUUCAAAUGGUCGUGAAACACUGACGAGAAUCAGAAACUUCAGACCGACGUGGAAUCUGAAAUUGGAAGAACCAGUAUCUGGAAACUAUUAUCCAGUUACCACUAAAAUUGCCAUUAAGGACGACGAUUUAGAAUUAGCUGUGCUGACCGACAGAGCGCAAGGAGGAUCUAGUUUAAAGGAUGGAGAAAUUGAACUUAUGAUACACAGAAAUUGUUUACAUGAUGACGCCUUUGGUGUGGGUGAAGCUUUAAAUGAAACAGCUUUCGGUAAGGGAUUGGUAGCUAGAGGAUCGCAUUACGUUAUUCUGGGAAGUUCCAAAGACUCUAAUCCAAAUGGUUAUACAACAGCGAGCCAGGUACACGAUCAAAUUCAACAAAAAUUAUUGUCAGCAUGGACUUUUGUUUCUGGUACUGAAAACUUAUCUUUUGAUCAAUAUAAAUCAAAAUAUGUUAUGCAGUAUGCUGGAUUAAAACGUAAUUUGGACAAAAAUAUUCAAAUUUUGACAUUAGAGCCUUGGAAAGCUGAUACAUUUUUAUUGAGGUUGGAGCAUGUGUUUGAGAUUGAUGAAGAUCCAGUAUUAUCCAAACCAUUGAGGAUCGAUUUAAAAGGUCUUUUCGCUCCAUUUGAGAUAUCGAAUAUAAGAGAAACAACACUGGGAGCCAACCAAUGGUUAUCCGAGAACCAUCGUCUGAACUUCGACUCUGGUUUACCGAUAGAAGACUUAUGGCUUGCACAUAAAGUCUCAGAUUACCAAAAUUGGGCACAAUACAAAUGGAGAGAAUACAUUAAGAAGAGAGUAGUUGACGAAACUGAUGAGAAGGAUAAUGUGGAAGACCUGCAAAUAUUAUUGAAACCUAUGCAGAUUCGUACCUUUGUUAUAAAUAUUAGUAAAUAGUUAUUGUGAUUUUUUGUAUUUUUAAGUAAAUAAACGAUAGCUUUGAUAUGAUA